UAUAAGUUUCCUUAUGGUUUAUAAGGAUGAAUUUGACCAGUGUAUUUCUUGUCCUUUUGACAUAUUUUAAAAUUUCUACGGGAUUUACAGAAUCAGGGACCAUCUUGGGCAAGUUGGUUUCAAAGAAGGACGGGAAAAUUUAUUGUUUAGGCUCCUUCGUUACCGUAUACACCCUGAUGACGUCUUGCACGUGCGUCGGCCAAUUCAACGAGAAGAACCGAUUCCUAGCUCACAACAUAACGGAUUUCUUCGUCAAUGUGCACAGUCAAGACCUGGCAUUGAGUAGAUUCUCGAAAUACACGCUUUGCCACAAGAGCCAUAUUUCGGACGCUAUCCAUUUCAACCUCGGCGCAAUACAUUUAGACAGAAUGACCAGUUGGGUCCUGCAACGGAUCAAUCCGAUGAUGCCGCCUACGCAAGGCUUAGAGGACCUGGAGAUCGUGCUCGACGAACUGGAAGAGAAGGCGCAAGGCUGCAUUAUAUUUGGCCGGACGGAUGAAAAUAAAAUCGUUGGUUACCCCACGAACUUGAGCCAGAUGGUAGAGUGCACGCUCAAUUGCAAAACUGCCUGGUUGUGCGAUUAUAUAAACGAAAUGUCAGAAAAUUUUGUUAGAUGCGCCGAGCAGCCGACAGAUUUUAUACCAGGAAGCCCAGUUCUCUGCAACGACACUGUCUGGGGCAUCAUAGACAAAUGUGACGCUGGGAUCGCCAUUUACACACCGCUUGACGUCAACUACGAAUAUUAUUUCGAACUUGUUGGUACCAAUGAAAAUAAAAGAAAGAUAAACGUAGAGGAGCUCGAGGGGACAGAGAUCUCAUACACUCUCUCCUGAACCCGAGGAGAAUCAACCUAAUUAAAAACACAAGGUAUUUAAGAUCAUUUCUUUUAAUUCCGGAUAUCCUUUGAGUGAU